GUUAGUGGUGUUGUUCCGCUGAGUUCCCGUGUCGCGUCCGCGUGUGUUGUGUCCGCAGCUCGCGACCGAAAAAGCGCGUAAACGAUGAUCGACGCGAUUCGGUGAGAGUGCCCCAAGCGAUUGUGAUAACUCGCGUGAGUAUGUAUUGUACGGUUGACAAGAGCCACAGCAGUGGGGCCCCGGCCGCGCACUCCAAGAGCCUCAAGGAUGUCGGCCUUCCCUCCGGUGUUACCAUGAGGGAGAAGAAAAGUGGCGCUUUGUCCUCCAAGAUGCAGAAACUCAGGAAAAGACUGUCGCAUUCCUUCGGACGAUUAUCCGUCUCGAAGGAAGAGCAGGAUGAGCGAAAGCUACACUACAACGGCUACAGUGACGAAUUCCUAGAUAGGUUAGAACCCAACGGAAAUAUUCCAGCAGAAUGGAACAACAUGUCGGGUCACGACAGGGUAAAGCGACAGCUCUCCGUCUCGUCGGACAGCAAGCUGUUGGAUGACGACAAGGAGGAGACGCGCGUGAUCCUCAGACCGAAAACCCCGAGACCCAAGUCGGAGGUGCUUCUCAAUCAGGGGUCGGACCAUCGCCGGAUGAAGCGCUUCUCUGCUUUCGGGGGCGAUUCGCCGUUUGGAAAGUCCGAGGCUUACAUUAAAUUAGAACAAUUAGGCGAGGGAUCGUACGCAACUGUUUAUAAGGGUUUUAGCAAUUUAAAAAAUCAAGUAGUAGCAUUGAAAGAAAUUCGGCUGCAAGAGGAGGAGGGUGCUCCCUUCACGGCCAUUCGGGAGGCUUCCCUUCUCAAAGAACUGAAACACGCCAACAUUGUCACUUUACAUGACAUUGUACAUACGCGAGAAACGCUUACGUUUGUGUUUGAAUUUGUUCAUACAGACUUAUCACAGUACCUGGAGCGACAUAGCGGAGGCCUGGAUCCACGCAAUGUCAGACUGUUUCUUUUUCAAUUACCGGGACUAUCAUACUGCCAUGCGCGCCGCGUCCUGCAUCGCGACGUUAAGCCGCAGAAUCUGCUGAUCAGCGAGAUCGGCGAACUGAAGCUAGCCGACUUCGGUCUUGCCCGAGCCAAGUCCGUGCCCAGCCACACCUACUCCAACGAGGUGGUGACGCUUUGGUACCGGCCACCAGACGUAUUGCUGGGCAGUACAGAGUACUCGACGUCGCUGGACAUGUGGGGCGUCGGUUGUAUCUUCGUUGAGAUGAUCACCGGCAUGGCCAUUUUCCCCGGUAACCGCGACACGUACGACCAGCUUGACAAGAUAUUUAAGGUGCUUGGUACGCCGACAGAGGAAACAUGGGACGGUGUGACGCGAUUGCCCGGCUACAAGCCACAUAAACUAGUGCUAUAUAGACCUAAGAACUUGGGCAUUUAUUGGCCGCGACUGUUCGACAUCGCGCAGGGCGAAGCGAUGGCCUCCUCUCUUUUGCAGUUGAACCCUGAGAAUCGGAUAGGUGCUGACGAUGCCAUGCAGCAUCAGUAUUUCGCCGGAUUACCUAAGAAACUACACGAACUCCCGGACGAUGUGUCAAUAUUCAGUGUUGAAGGUGUGCACUUACAUACCGAAAUGUCGUUUUUCAAACCGCGACCGAAGUAAAGCGAGUUGCGACGCAAACUCAGGAACAAUACCUAUAUUAAAUAAACUCUAAACAACUAUUGUAAGCAAUGAUUUCACGAAAUUUCACACCGACGAAAAUGCUACAAGAUACCAACCGAACACACUUAAAACACAAUGACCUGGCUUGACUGUGCUACACUUGCUCUUCAUCUCUUGCGGAGUCGCCACCCACGACACUAUUUUUACAACAACAUAAGUUUAACGAAUCAAGGAUGCGAUAGGUCUGCGAUAGAAGACAUUUUCCUGGAGCUGACGCUGUCAGCCAGAACGUGCUUCACCAAUGUACAGCUACUAUCUAAAUAAAUGAAGAAUUAUGUGAAUCGCUGCGUACAUAUCGCGUACGCAAUCAAUGCCGGAUUAUAUUUUAUUAUGUUUUUAAGUCUUAUAAUUAU